AACCGCAGACGAGCCUUGGAAAGUAAACAACAGCGGCAGUCGCAAAAGGAGUAUCUACAUCUAAGAGGCGCUAGACAGAAGUGUGACAUUAUGACGACAAACACACUUGUCCCCAGCAGGACGACUGUGACAGAGGUUGAAGAGUUCCUGAAAAAACCUCCAGCCGGUUUCUCCGUAGAGGCUCUGGGCUCUGGUGGUUUCCGAGUUCACAGCGAUCCGCAGGAGAGCAUGGUGCUCAUCGAUGACUUCGACUCCUGCAGAGGGAAAAUAGUUUUCCAGCAGUCGCUGGGAAGGAAAGUUAAAAUGCAGAAUCUAUGGCAGUACACCAGCAUGAGAAAGAGUCUACUGUCUAAGAGGAUCUAUCUGCUCGUGUCAGCCUACGAGGAAAACUCAUCAGAGACCAACAAAAAGCCAAAAAAUGAAGCCAGAAUGCUGCAACAGUACGUGGUGUCCAUCAAUGGCAAUGAUCCUUACAUCAGGUGGCAGUUGGAGCGAGGCCUGGACUGGACCAUAUCCUCCGUGGCUGGGGAAAGCUACAGGGUGGAUAUUGACUUCACUGAUGUUCUCAAGAGCUGGGGAGCUAAAAACCUCCACAUCAUCCCUGACAAGCCGCUUAAAGUAAAACCUGUGUGGAGAGACGCCUGUUUCACCCUCAAGUACUACUCUGAUGCCCUCUUUGACUUCUCGCACUGGUUCGGGUUCAGCAAAAUAAAAUUUAGCUUGACACAGACAUGAGCCAGCUAUGGAUGAAGACAAAGGGUGUCAAAGUGAAGUUGCCGUGGUUUUCUUUACCGGGGCCCGGCUCUGCUUCCUCAAGAAAGUUGAGGGAUGUUUGUGAUGGCAGCCUGCCAGGCAAGAACAGCUUUGGACUGAAGGAACUACUUUAUUUAGUCCAGAUUGCUUUUUCUUCAGUGGAUGAAGAUCACUGAUAAGAACCGACGAGGGAAGCUCGAAUGCCCUGAACAUUUAAGGCCUAUUGUGUGCCAAAAUGUAUUUUUAAAGCUGUUCAUAAAUAUGCAGUGCACUUAUUUUUAUUUUUUUACAGAUGAUGUAUGAGACUUGAAGGGUUUACUUCUGUGCUACUUCAAAUACAGAUGUUUUGUACUAAAUAAUCAGACUUUGUUGUUGAGGUUUAUUUUUUUUUACCAAACUCAAUUACAAUAAAAGCUGUUUUACAAAAUGAAA